AUGGCCGACGCCGUCCACACCCGGACGCGCGCAGACGCGGCCUCGUCAUCGAAGGGAGGUGUCAUCGGCGUCGAGGCGGCGAUGUUGUCGAUAUCAUCGUGCGCUAACCGCGCGGCGACGUCGCUCGGCGCGACGACAUCGGCCCGCUCGUCGGGGGCGACGUCAUCGUCCACGCGCCAGCCGGGACGUCACCCACCUCGCCGCUCGCUCGUGGUCUCGAAGGCGUCGACCGGCGGCGGCGACGGCGGCGACGACGACGACGACGUCAAGCGGAGCAACUACAAGGAGACGUCGGGCGCGGUCAAGGGCCUGGUCAGCGGCCUCACGGCCGUGGUGAACGCGUUCGGGGUCGGAGGCGGUGACGUCGCGUCAUCGGGGUCGUCCGGCGCGACGAGACGCGAGCGCAGGGAGGCGCGGCCGCCGCCUUCCACGCCGCGGAAUCCGACCGCCCUCGCCGCGGACAUCGCGCGCGAGUUCACCGAGGCCAAGUACCUGUGGACGGGCGACAUCAACCCCGAGAUGUACGACUUGUACUGCACGUUCACGGACCCGACGCUCUCCUUCGCGGGGCUGGAGACUUUUCAGAGGAACCUCGCCAACCUGCAGCCCGUGCUGAGCCGGCUGGUCAGGGACAGCGACGUCGAGCUGUACUCGUGCGAGCUGGCGGGGGACGGGAAGGGCGGCGGCGGCGGCGGCGCGGUGCGGGCGAGGUGGAGGAUGACGGGCAACCUGCGGGUGCCGUGGCGACCGCGGAUAGACCUCGAGGGGCAGACGACUUUUACCUUUAAGGACUACGGCGGCGACCGAGGGUGCCUGAUCACGGCGUACCAGGAGGAGUGGGGGCUGUCCGCGGGGGAGGCUGUGAUGCAGCUCGUGACGCCGUUCAAGUGGUAG